CACACAAUAAUUUCAUAUACUGAAAUUAAAUGAAGACGGAAAUGGUAGAUUUCAACUUUGACAGUGCUUGUACUACUCCUUAUAUAAGUGCUCCUUCGAGUCCUCAACAUUUUGGGACAGCAUUCUUUUUCAGUGCCCCAACAAGUCCUACUCGUAUUUCCGCCCUUUACGGAGAAACUAACGUUACCCGUUACAACGAUCGUGAUGAUGAUAAUGCAGAUGAUUUCGCUUUUGAAUUUAACGGACAUGAAUUGGAGAAAAACAUAAUAAUAUCAGGAGCUGACGAGCUAUUUGAUGGCGGAAAAAUCAAGCCUUUAUUUGAGUCCCCGAUAUCACCAAAGCUGAGGCUCAAAGGUAAGAAGAACGCGAUCGAGCCAAUUGUAGAAGCCAAGGAAAGAACUCAAAAUUCUAUAAGAAAUAAUUCUUCUGGUUCCAGUAGACAUAAAGCGACAAGAUCAUUAUCUCCUCUGAGAGUAUCGGAUUUAUUGUUAAUUGAUGAGGAUGAUGAAAGUAUUGAUCAAGAGAAAACAGAGUCCUCUGUUUCAUCGUUGAUAUCGCUAUGGAACAGUUGGAAAUUGAAAGACUUAUUGCUAUUCAGAAGUGCUUCCGAGAGUCGAGCAAGUAGCAGUACAGAAGAGUUAAACAAGUAUUCGCUAGUGAAGAAAAUCCGUCGAGAAGAUGUGAAAAAAUCAUCCGUAUUGAACUCGAGGAGGAAGAUGAGGAGACCGAUUUCGGCUCAUGAAUUGCAUUACAAGAUGAAGAAGGAGAUGUUGAAAGAUAUGAAGAAGAAAACUUUCUUACCAUAUAAGCAAGGUCUACUUGGUUGGCAUGGUUGCACUGGCCUUGAUGAUACAAUUUCAGCUUAUAUGACUCCUCGUUAA